GGCGGAGGUGCCGCUGCUGUGUCCGUCCCCGCCCGCUCUCCUCCUGCCUCCGGGACCAUGCGGGCCUCCCCUUCCCGGGCGAGGCAUGGCGGCGGCGGCGGCGCCGGAGCAGCUGCGAGGCCGGAGCCUGCCGGAGCUGCGGGAGAUGCUGAGUCGGCAGGAGAAGCUGCUGGGGGACCGGUGAGAGGCCGGGGCGGGAAGGAGGGCCGGGCCGACUCCCCCUCCGCGGCUCGGGCGGGGCUGGGCGAGCGGCUCCCCUUCCCCUGGAGAUCGGCGCUCCCUCCGCUUUUGCCUUUCGGGGGGCGCCCCUUCAACCCCGGGACAAUAUUAGUAGCAGCAGUAGUAGUAUUAACGAUAUUAUUAUUAUUAUUAUUAUUAUUAUUAUUAUUAUUAUUUAUUAAACCGCCCUUCACCCUAAAGCCCCAGGGCGGAUUACAGCAUCGAAACGCAAUUAUAAGUUAUAAGAACAGUUAAAACAACUUACACAGCCCUUUGUUCUGGUACCAACGUGAACGAGGACUCUUAAAGCAUUUCUGUUAUUGUCCUAUUUCAGAAAUGUAUCUUUUGCCUACUUUUCUACGAAAAUCAAUAGCUGGUAUUUACGUGCCGCUUUCCUGCUACUUGGUGCCCCUCAAAGCAUCUCAGUCAAUAAAUAACACACACACGUGAGAGAAAGGCUAAGACAUAAAGCCUUUGGUCUGCAUGGCUCACUGUGUUUUUCACUGAUGAGCGGCAGCUCUCCAGAAUUUCAGGUGGAAUUCUGGGCCAGCCCUUGUUGGAGAUGCUGAGGACUGAAACUUUUGCAUGUGAGGCAGGUGCUUUAGGUCUUUCUCAGAUAUGACAAACUAAAUAAAAUUGUGCAGCAUCAAUAGCAAAAGAAACACUAGAGGCUUCUAUGGAAAUGGUUGUCACAUAUAAAUUGCACACAUAAAUGCACACUGCCAGUGAGCUGCUGUUUUUUAAUUCAACUAAAACUGUUUUAUCUAAAAAUUAAAUGUUGUUUAAUGUGAUAUGAAAAUAGAAACACCGCAGGCACACUGAUGUGCCUAUUGUCACCUGUGAAAUGUUAGAAGAUCUCCCCCUCCAGAAAUGAAAGCUCCAAGUAAUGGUGGCCAAAUGUCACAUAGGGUCAUAUGUGCCCCUCUACCCUGUUUUAUGUGCCAAGGCUGGGGGGGGGGGCAUCAUUUCCUUAUCUCAUUAGCAGCAUGAGAUUGGGCUGUGGCUCAGUGGUAAAAGCAUCUGUUUUGCAUACAGAACAGUCUCUGGCAGGAAGGUGAGAAUCCAGCAUGAAAUCCUGCUGUGAGUACAGUACCAAGCUAAAUAGGUGAAUCGUCUCAUUCAGUAUAAGGUAGCUUCCUAUGUUCCUAUGAUGCCAACUUCAAAUACUGUACAAUAAGGCAAUCUUGGUAGUUUCAACAUUUUUAGUUUUCUUUAUUAAAUACAAGUAAAAUAAACAUGCUUAAUUAGAUUGUUCUCUAGGACAUAAAAAGAUUUUAUUAUGCAAACAAUUUCCCCCCUGAAAAUCUUCUGGAAAAAACCAUGCUGUUGCAUUUGACAACCUCAAACAAAUAGAAGGGAUAGUAGCAGACUGUUUGCUAAUGGGCUUCAGAGGAAUUCAAAAUGUGAAUUAGAACUCAUCCUUGAAUUCUGUUUACCUUAGUGUGUAUCUUCAUCACAUCUAUUGUAGGAAAUUUGUAUCCAGGCUUCCGGAUAAAGGUAAAAAGAUAUCCAACUUUGUUGAGAAAUUGAAGAUUGCCAUUGCACAAGAGGAAGAGCUGCAGAGAACAACUGAGCUUCUAUCUGCUGUUAGAUUAGAGUUCCAGGAAAAACAAGAGGCAAUCAAAUCUAGCAAACAAAAAGGGGUUAUCAGCAACAAGUCAACAUGCCGAGACCCACCUCUUAUUUCUGAACGUCACUACAAUGAGAUUGAAUCAUCUCUGCAGAACAAGCAGAGUGUCUGGACCAAGAAAAGAAGCAAAGCAAACAGAAGUGCAUUAGUAGGACAAGCCCCUGAGGACACCAGUUUUCCUCAAGGAGGCAAAAAUGUUUUGGAGGUGUCAGUAGCCAGGCUUCCAAAAGAUGCUCAGGAGGCUCCCAAGCGAAAUUCUCUAGACAAAGCUGAAAAUCCAGCACAUUCUGCAAGCAGCAGCAGUGAAGCACUGGUGGAUGCCUUCGAAAGAAUUUCAGUUGGAGAGGGAGAGAGUGGGGAGAACUCUGAAAAUGGGCAGAGUUUUGACUGUAAAGGCCGUGCUUUUCAGAACUUUCCAAACACACCACCCAAAACUCCACAUUACAUGGAAGUGCUUGAACUGAGAGCGAAGAACCCUGUGGCAAAAAGAAGCAAAUUUAAAGCUAAUGUGUGAGUACUGUAGGAAACGUGCUCUCGCAGAGAGAGCUUUUGCUAUAACCACAAGUGUGGGUAUGUUUUAUGCAUACUGGGAAGUUUAUGAUACAUAUUUUGGGGAAUAAAUAUUUUUUAAAGGUAGGAUUAUAAAAUAGUUAUUAUUUGCUGUGAUACAUUAGAAUCAUAGAAUUGUAGAGUUGGAAGCUACUCCCGAGGAUCGUCUAGUUCAACCCCUGCAAUGCAAUGCAAAAUCACCAAGCUAUGGCCCUUUCCCGAAUGCAGGGGGAGCUUAGCCCAGCAGUGCAGAGCCACAGGGGUCUCUUCCACUCAGAGACCCCUAAAUUCUCUCUUGGCCGAAUGCCAGGUGGACUUGAAGGAAACCAGGCAGCAGCUGCCACCUGACCAGAGCUGCCAUUUUCUCUGCCAUGGAGAAUACAUAUGAGAAUACAAAGUGUUUCAGUCCUCUUAUAAGCCAAAAUCCUUGGGAUAGAGCAAGAUGGGGGGGUCAUUUUAAUUCCUUGAUUGCUUCAUGGCCCCACUCUUCUGUGCAAGCACAACUGAGGAAGCUUCCCUGAGCAUCAGAUGUUAGCCUCAAACUCGUCCAGACCUGAAAUUUCAGAGCGGAAUAAGAGUGGAGGGAAGGAGCAACUUUAUGUGCCAGAGGGCCGGGAGGCAUUUCAUGAGCUGUGCUCUUGGUUUCUUCUAGAUUGCUGGCUGAGUCAAGUGGAUCGUCUUGUGGCUCCCCAGAUAUCCCUUCACCUAGAGGUCCCCCCUUUUCCCUUUCUGCAGAGGAAAGACGCCACAGAGAUAAGAAGCACUUGGAUGACAUCACAGCUGCACGGUUACCCCCUCUCCAUCAUGAGCCUACGCAGCUGCUCUCCCUAGAAGAUUCAAUAGCGAUUCAGAUCCAACAAAAGGAAGCUUAUGAGGUAUGGAUGAAACCACUGGUGCUUUGCAUGAGCUCCUGUUACAUAUUAUGGGGACAUGCAGAUUGGGGUGGUGGAGGGGGAGAAGUGUCUGCUAGGAUUUUGUUCCAAGGAGGGAACUCCUUGACCCCAGAGUUAGAACAGCUUGUCGUGGCAAAGAGGCUUCAGUACUUUUGCUUUGCCUUGGGCUGUGGAGGACAGAGGAAAGAAAGGAGGCGCAAGGUCCAGCCCCAGCCCCAAACCAACAUCAGGGAGAAUGCAUUGCUUGGUGGUAAUGUGCAGGCUCAGUAGAAAGGUAGCAGGAGGUGGGAGAGACGUACCGUGCAUCAUGUGGGAAAGGUGGGUAGGAAACUUCUCUCUCUCCCAUAAUACUAGAACUCAGUGGGGGUCAUCUGGUGUAGCUGGAGGGUGGAAGGUUGAGGACAAGCAAAAGAAAGUACUUCUACAUGCAAAAUACAGUCAGAUUAUGGAAUUCACUCCCACAAGAGGUCAUAGAAUCAUAGAAUCAUAGAGUUGGAAGAGACCACAAGGGCCAUCGAGUCCAACCCCCCCCAAGCAGGAAACACCAUCAGAGCACUCCUGACAUAUGGUUGUCAAGCCUCUGCUUAAAGACCUCCAAAGAAGGAGACUCCACCACACUCCUUGGCAGCAAAUUCCACUGUCAAACAGCUCUUACUGUCAGGAAGUUCUUCCUAAUGUUUAGGUGGAAUCUUCUUUCUUGUAGUUUGGAUCCAUUGCUCCGUGUCCGCUUCUCUGCUCCAGACCUCCUUUCUCUGCUCCAGACCUCCAGACAACCUUUCUCCCUCCUCUAUGUGACAUCCUUUUAUAUAUUUGAACAUGGCUAUCAUAUCACCCCUUAACCUCCUCUUCUCCAGGCUAAACAUGCCCAGCUCCCUUAGCCGUUCCUCAUAAGGCAUCGUUUCCAGGCCUUUGACCAUUUUGGUUGUCCUCCUCUGGACACGUUCCAGUUUGUCAGUGUCCUUCUUGAACUGUGGUGCCCAGAACUGGACACAGUACUCCAGGUGAGGUCUGACCAGAGCAGAAUACAGUGGCACUAUUACAUCCCUUGAUCUAGAUGCUAUACUCCUAUUGAUGCAGCCCAGAAUUGCACUGGCUUUUUAGCUGCCGCGUCACACUGUUGGCUCAUGUCAAGUUUGUGGUCAACCAAGACUCCUAGAUCCUUUUCACAUGUACUGCUCUCAAGCCAGGUGUCACCCAUCUUGUAUUUGUGCCUCUCAUUUUUUUGCCCAAGUGCAAUACUUUACAUUUCUCCCUGUUAAAAUUCAUCUUGUUUGUUUUGGCCCAGUUCUCUAAUCUGUCAAGGUCGUUUUGAAGUGUGAUCCUGUCCUCUGGGGUGUUAGCCACCCCUCCCAGUUUGGUGUCAUCUGCAAAUUUGAUCAGGAUGCCCUUGAGUCCAUCAUCCAAGUCGUUGAUAAAGAUGUUGAAUAAGACUGGGCCCAAGACAGAACCCUGUGGCACCACACUAGUCACUCUUCUUCAGGAUGAAGAGGAACCAUUGAUGAGCACCCUUUGGGUUCGGUCAGUCAGCCAGUUACAAAUGGUGGCUAUCAAUUUUGGUGGCUAUAAGAGAGACUAAUUCAUGUAGGAUAAGACUAUCCAUUGCUACUAGUCAAGAUGGCUGUGUUUUAGAGCCCAUUAGAGGCAGUAUGCUCUGCAAGCCAGCUGCCGAGUGCUGUUGUGCUCCGUUCUUGUGGCUUCGCAUAAUGGGAACCUGGCAGGCCACUAUCAGGAGAGGAUCCUGCAGUAGAUGAGCCCCUUUUGGCCUCAUGCAGCUGCUGCAGGGCUGUUCUUGUUUCUGCCUGAGAUAUUGGAAAACUAUUGCCAGUCAGAGGAGGCAAUACUUUGAUCAGUGGCCUGACUCAGCAGUACCAGUAUUUAACUUCACCCAAAAGAUGCUGCUUUCUAAAAACACUUGGAUAGGAAUGUUCUGAAUAGAAAUGUUCAGAGCAAACUUACCUUAUUUAUUUUGAUAUUUAUUCCCCAUUUGUCUGUGAUUGCAAUCUAACUCAUGUUGACUUACAAGUAAAAAUAAGCAGAUUGCAAAUAAGCCAGUUUUGCACAGCUUUGAAAUUCUACAUGCUGAAUUUGAGUUAUGAAUCUUUUUCAUAUGCACAUCCACUUAAUUUACUUGCAAGCCUUAAUUCAAUUGAAAUGCAGGUGAGAAUGGAAUGAAUACAGAAGAGUAUCGGGUACUAAAUUAAUACUGUCUUGUCACGCUCUGCUUUGUUUUCUUUUGCUUAUUGUGAUGUUAAUAAACAACUUGGGACGGUUUGUCUGUAAUUAAAUUACAAAUAAUGUCAUAUCUGGUCCAACCAUCUCGGAUUUGUAGACUCAGCUAGAUAAACAUCAGCCAGAGUUGAUUUUUUUUCUCUGAACACCUUCGCCUGAAGUGCAGUUCGCCUGUAAAGGACAAUUACUUCCAGCAUUUAACAGCUAGUUUGCUCUAUGAUGUCUCUUUCUUUCUUCAAGUUCAUGAAUUAAUACACUGGUGUUGAAACUCAGUGGUUAAGGAUGCCAGAGAAAAGAGAGGACUGGAUCUCCCUCUCCACCUACCUGCUUGCACUGGGCUUUUUGUCCUUAGGGUCCCCUUUGCCAUCUUGUUCUGCAACUCUCUCUCUGUGUGUGUCCAAAUAGUUCCCAGUGUUCAGCACAGUGUGUCAAAGUUGCUUUAGCACUGUGAAUGGCGGUCUUGUUUCCCCCCACCCCUCUUCUCCACUGCCUUUCUUUCUAGCAUGGCACUGCGCCUUGACACCAGGGGAUUCUGUGGGCAGCUCAUAGUAUAUGGCUUUCUCUGGUGUGUUUCUGUUGGGCCUAGGGACCACCCUAGCAUUUACUCACUUUCAGUAAAUGGUUUCUCUUCUCUGUUUUAUAGGAAAUGCUAGCCAAACUUGCAGCCCAGAAACUUGCAGGCAGACUAGGCCCUCAGAUGGCCAGCUAUGAGCCAGAGGGGGAGACGCUGGGCAACUACAGAGAAGUGAGGGACGAGGAAUGCUACAGCUCGGCUGAAGACUGAGUCCAAGGCAGAACCUGCAGCGGAUGCCUGGGCGAAGACUCAGAAGGAUCACAGUGCUUUUUGCUCUUGUGGGCUGCGACAUCUUAGCCCAAGGAUGUUAGGAGUGCUCACCUGCGGAGGCCCUGGAUUAACCAGAGUGCUGCAGAGGUUUCCAGAAUCCCUGUUCCCUUUUCUGUUGCUUUCCAAAGAAGUUGGUGCAUUUUGAAAGCUUGUAAGUCUCAGAAGCAGCAGUCCACAGUGGCCUGCCUCAGUUGGGUUUGUGCAGGGGCAUAUUGAGUCUGCUGUGCCCCCCAUGUAAAAGGGGGAGGCAGCAGAUGCAAGAGCAGCCAAGUCUUUGCCUUCUAGUCUUUGACUGAUUCAAAACAAAUGUAGGAUUUGUUAACUUGUGUAAAAGAUUACAAAUAUUUUCUAUUUAAAAAUACAAGUGUUGUGUUUCUAUAUUUUUCUAUGUGGCAUUAAAAUUCAGGAGCAGCUUGUUUCA